CACACACAUGGAGGAGCUGUUGGACCAGGGUCUGGGGAUGGAGGAGACGACCCACGGCCCGCUGAGGAGGCCCUCACUGAAGGAGAUCUACCACAGUGACUCCCUGCUGGCACCUGACACUGACUUCAUGACAGGUUUGCGGGUUUGAACAGGUUCCUAUCACUUCUGAUUUGUCACCAGAAAAGAUGCUGAAUUGGACAUUGGACGACUACUGAGUUUUUAAGCAUUAUCAACCCCACCCCCACCUCUAUACAAGCACACACCCUGAGCAAAAAGGCUUUAAGCACUGUCAUACACAUCACUGCAUCCCAGAGUGUGUCAGGCGACCACCAAGGAAAGGGAGGAUCAAAACAUCAGUAACAUCAUCUCCUGCUGCAGAUCCUAUAAUACUGCUUGGAAGCUGUAAACAGAGGCGGACAAAACACCAGACAGGCUGCUCUGUGAGUGUGUGUGUGUGUGUGUGUGUGUGUGUUUGUGUGUUUUGUAUGAGGAGAUGAGAUCUUAGUGGACAUCAGCCAGUGGAUCAAAAUCAGAUGGAGGGAGAGCAGGCCCAUCUGACUGGAGCCAGAGGAGGAAAGAGGAGUGAGAGAGUGUGCUCGCGAGAGGAGAGGAAGACGUCUGGUGUUGUGGAGGAGGGCCCACCUGGCCAGCAGAGGCACCCUGGCUACUCAUCAGUGUCCAGGGUCUCCCACGAUGACCGCAGCUCGGCAGCCAGUGGCCUGGACGUGGCAGACCGGUUGACCUACCUGGAGCAGAGGAUGCAGAUGCAGGAAGAUGAAAUCCAGCUGUUGAAGAUGGCUCUGGCUGACGUCCUCAAGAGGCUCAACAUCUCUGAGGAGCACCAAGCGGCUGCUGCCACUGCUACUGGCAGGAGAGCAUCGGGCGCUAAAGCCAGGCCAGUGUCUCUAGCUCUGCCCUCCAGACCACCCAUGGUGACCUCCAGCGCUGCCUCCCUGAAGAAGAGCUCCACGCUGCCCUCCAGCUCCACAGCCAGGAACUACAGCCCAACGCCGCCCCGCAGUGGUGUGAAGAGCCCACCAGGUAGUGUGAAGGACAGUCCAUCUAAGACCGCUAAAACACAACUCACCUCUGCAGCCUCCACCUGUAAGAAACUUCCAGAAGGCAGCAAGUCCAAGGAGGCUGCAGUAGGUGUAGGGACAAGGCGUGUGACACACUGCAAAGUGACUAUGCAGAUCUAUCUGAGCCCCCUCGCAAGAAAGACUGGAUCUUCUGAGACCGCCAAAUCUGGGGCCGCGGUGCCUACAAACAGCGGGCCCACGGCCACGCCUAACAACCCUCAGGCAAAGGGGGGCAGCCGGCCACAGGCGAGGAAAACAACCCCAUCCUUCACCUUAAACCUGCAGAAAACCACAACCAGCCAGAACGCAGCGCAGGACACAUGCUACAAGAGCCCCACCAAAUCGCCCAGCCAGUAUUUUCAGAUUUGUUACUGAGGCAAGCAGAUAGAGAUAGAUUUAUUACAAAUGUGUCCUUUCCAUCGAGUUAACUAAACCCAAACAAAUUAUUAAAAGCCUCAAUCAACCACUUGAACAUAAACUUCAAAUAAAGACUUUCUUCUAAUGUCGAAAAAACAAGAAAUUGAUUUUAAAAUGGGGAGCUUCUUAAAUUGCAGGGAUGAUUUUCCUCUGUAGUUCAUUCUGACUUUGUUACAUUUGGUUAUGUUCAACAUGAGCACUUAACAGCAUGUUCGAACCAUUUACGUUUGAGUAAUUGUCAACACGGUGUUUUAUGGCAUGAUUAUUUAUUUCAAGGAUAGUGUGAAAGCUUGAAUGCAUUUUUAGCCUCCUCAGAGACCACAGUGUAGUCAUAGAUCCAUUUCUCACAUGCUAGUACCUGCAUAUUGUUUCACUGAAUGCCUGUGUUUACUGUAAACGUUCUCUCCGUCACUCUAUAUGUGAAGUUUUGAGUUUGUAAGGCAUGGAUGUGUUUGUAAGUAAGGAUGUGUGUCUGUACUGUAGAUGUCUUCGAGCACUGGCUGUGCGACGGAAGAGGGAAACUGUGUUUAAUGUCAGUGAGUGUGUGUCAUGUCUCAUGCCUGUGUGCUGUGAUGUUUCUAGUCUUGUAGUUGAUGUUCCACUUUAAGCAUGACUUGUAUACAGUGUGUACCAGAAUCAGUAAAAAAAAAAAAUUAAAAAUGGCUCCUUCUAGUUCAGGACAAACAAUAAAAAACUACGACCACUA